AGGAAAUUCAUUUGUGUACAGAGCUUGGUUAUUUAUUGGUAGAAAACCUAAAACCCAAAUGUAGCGGAGAAAAACCUAAAGGAGAAAGGUUAAAGCCACCAUUAGCGUUGCAUAACCAAGCUCUGUUCAGCCACUGCUAUUCACUACUCGGCAUUCCGACUGAAAUCACCGGCGAUGCCGCGAACAACAACGAUUGAGUGCCCAGGCUGCCCACCUCUAAGAGCCAUCACCUUUGACGCACUUGGCCUUAUUAAAGUUAUUGAAGCUAGGGCUAAGCAAGAUGGCCUCCCUAAGGUUGUGGACAGAUGGGGUCUACCCGAUUCUUCUAAAGCUGUUCUUGCCUCUUCUAUGGAUGACUCCAAUUCUAACCCACUGCUAGCUGUAGCCAGAAAAAAUGGUGAUAUUGAAGUUUUGAGUCCUAUUACCGGAGAAGAUUGCUUUUCGAUUCCUGAUGACGGUUGUGGCGCAUCUCCUGUAGAUGACCCAAUUGUAGGAUUGCAUUUGUUUAAGAAAAACCGGGUGGAAUCUCCUUCGAGGUCCUGCACGUUGCUUACCUGUACAACUAAAGGGAAAGCAAGUAUGAGGAGAGUUGAAAAUUUUGGUACACAUGAAGGUCCCAUUUUUUUUGCUGCUCCAGAAACAUGGAAUGUGUGUGGUUCCGGGGAGAUUUGCUGUUCUAAAGUAAAUUUUGAUGAAGGCUAUUCUGUAUUUGGAGGGAAAGGUGUUGAAGUUAGUAUGUGGGAUCUGGAGAAGACUUGCAAGAUUUGGAGCGCAAAAUCUCCCCCAAAGAAUAGCCUUGGAAUCUUUACACCGACAUGGUUUACAUCGCUGACCUUCCUAAGCAAGGAUGAUCAUCGUAAAGUUGUGGCUGGUACUAAUAACCAUCAGGUUCGGCUCUAUGAUCUAUCAGCUCAGAGAAGGCCUGUAUUAUCUGUUGACUUCAGAGAGUCAUGUAUCAAAGCUGUUGCUGAAGAUAUUGAUGGACAUACAAUAUAUUUAGGCAAUGGUUCUGGUGAUCUGGCUUCUUUAGACAUUCGUACAGGGAAGUUAUUGGGAUGCUUUUUGGGAAAGUGUUCUGGUAGUAUUAGAUCCAUAGUCCGGCAUCCAGAGCAUUCUGUGAUAGCAUCAUGUGGAUUGGACAGUUACUUGCGGUUUUGGGAUACAAAUUCUAGACAGCUGCUUUCUGCGGUGUUUCUAAAGCAACAUUUGACAAAUGUGCUAUUUGAUUCAAAAUUUUCUGAUGAAGAACCAGUAAUAAACACGCGAGAAUCACAUGAAGAUGAUAUCCUAGUUAGUCAUGAGGAACCACAUGAAAACAAGGAUGAUGCCCCAGUUAGGAGGAAAAAGGGUUCUAAACGAAGAAGUAAGACGAUUGAAAAUGACCAUGAGGCGCAGCUUGAAAAUGAUGACGAUAUAACACCAGUUAAGAGGAAAAAGGCGUCUAAAGGAAAAAGUGAAGUAAAGAAACAUAAAUCUAAGAAAUCGAAGAAGGUAAAGGGCGAGGUUGAUAUCGAUGAAUGAUGAAUGAACCGUGGAAAGGUAUACAUAUCCAAAACGAGGUCUGGUCCCAUAUUUCUCUUCUGCUCUCUAGUCUCAACUCCAGUGUGCGGACAACAGAGUAUGCAGUAAUUCAUUCUGAAUGGGCAAGCCCUAUUUUCUUGAACAAUGAAAGGAGAUGCAGGGAACUUUUUAACUAGGAUACUUUUUGAAUAUUGCUGAUUAAUUAGCAGUAUUUGUAUUUUUUUUCUUUUUCUUAUUUAAAUGUACCAAUGUAACAUUUGAGAAUGAAUAUUUUAGAAAAUCCGAUCAAGUUUGAUUUGACAUGUCAAACAAUAAGUAUUUUAUCAGGUGGUCUCUUGAGAGACCGUCUCUUUGAGAGACAUUUCAAGUCCAGUCUAUUAAAGAUUAAUGCAUAUUUAUUGUAUUUUUAAUGUCUAUUUAUAUUAUUUUUAAUGCUUACUUAUUGUAUUUUUAAUGUAUACAUUUAAUAUUUUAAAUGUCUAUUUACAUUAUUUUUAA